UGAGUAUUGAUUUUAUUUAUACAAAUAAAAUAUACAUAAGUGUUAAAUUUGUAAUAAGAAAAAUGAUUAAAUUACCAAAUUUAAAGCCCUUCUCUCCAUUGAUAAACCUCUUCAUCAUCUUCACCUUGUUUUGCCUGGAAAGAAAGAUUUUAGCUGUGGAUUUUCAUUACACAGCUUGCAAUGUCCCCACAACCUGUGGCAGCCAAGAGAUAAAGUUCCCUUUCUACAUCCCAGACCAACAAGAAUCCUUCUGUGGAUACCCUGGAUUCGAGCUCUCCUGCCGGAAUAACAAAACUCUAAUUCUCACCCUUCCGAAUAACGAUGACUACACAAUUCAAGACUACACAAGGCAAGACUACACAAUUCAAGAGAUCUUCUAUCAGAACCAAUCUCUUCGUGUGUCGAAUUCAAUAGUUUUAGAUGCAGAGAAAAGUUAUUGCAUUCCUCCAAUCAAAAACAUUUCAAUUCCUUAUGACAGGUUCAAGCUGGCCUCAAACCAGAGGAAACUGUUUUUGCUUUCUGGAUGUAACUUGACUGAUGCCGAGGAAUUCUCACAACAUAAGGUGAAUUGUUCUGGGCAAAAUAUGGAUAAUUCUGUUCUGGCUCUGUUUGGGGACGACCCUGUUCUGGGAAAUGCCUCAGAGAAGUGUCGGGAAGCGGUGGUGGCACCAGUGGAUGUGGGCGAAGAAGGUGGUGUUGAGAAUAUGCUGAGGAGAGGGUUUGUGAUGGAAUGGGUGGCAAGUAAUUGCAGCUUCUGCGAGGCCAGCGGUGGGAUAUGUGGGUUCGAUAAGAGCACGUACCAUUUCAAUUGUUUAUGCCCUGAUAGGCCUCAUGCUUGGCACUGUGUUCCAAAAGGGAAUAGAAAACUAGCAUUGAAGCUAGGACUUGGAAUUGCAUGCCCAACUGUUGUUCUAAUAGUCUUGUCUAUCUUUAUCAUAUGGCGUCGCACCUACAAACAGAAAUAUGGCUCUUCAAGCUUUAAAAAAGGGAACACUUCGACAACAGACCCGGAAGGGGGCAACGUCUGCUUUGAAGUUCCAAUAUUCUCUUAUGAUGAACUUGAAAAGGCCACCAAUAAAUUUGAUGAGAAAAAGGAACUUGGAGAUGGAGGAUUUGGGACUGUGUACCAUGGAAAACUCAAAGAUGGGAGAGAAGUUGCAAUCAAGCGCCUGUAUGAGCACAACUACAAACGUGUAAAGCAGUUCAUGAAUGAAGUUGAAAUCCUAACCCGCUUGCACCACAAAAAUCUUGUCUCCCUCUAUGGCUGCACUUCACACCACAGCCGUGAACUUCUCCUUGUUUAUGAAUUCGUUCCCAAUGGCACUGUUGCUGAUCAUCUCCAUGGAGAUCGAGCAAAACCUGGGUCACUUCUAUGGCCUGUUCGCAUGAGCAUUGCCAUAGAAACUGCAAGUGCAUUAGCUUACCUCCAUGCCUCUGAUAUCAUCCAUCGUGAUGUCAAAACUAACAACAUUCUCCUUGACAGUAACUUUUGUGUCAAGGUAGCAGAUUUUGGACUCUCCAGGUUGUUCCCCAACGAUGUCACUCAUGUCUCAACAGCUCCACAGGGAACUCCUGGAUAUGUUGACCCAGAAUAUCACCAAUGUUAUCAGCUCACAGAGAAGAGUGAUGUCUACAGCUUUGGAGUUGUCCUAGUUGAACUCAUUUCGUCAAUGCCUGCUGUUGAUAUCAGCAGGCACAGGCAUGAGAUCAAUCUGGCUAAUCUAGCAAUAAACAAAAUUCAAAGGAGUGCACUGGAUGAGUUGAUUGACCCAACUCUUGGAUACAAGUCAGACGAGGAUAUUAGAAGGAUGACAACCUUAGUUGCAGAGCUGGCUUUUCAAUGCUUGCAAAAAGAGAAGGAAAUGAGACCUACAAUGGAUGAAGUUCUGGAGGAACUGAAGAGAAUACAAGGAGGAGAUCCCAAGCAAGAUAAUGUGGAAGGUCAGCUCCGCACUCUGGAGGUCAAAGGUGAACCGCCACCACCUUCACCACCAACCUAUGAUGAGGCUGCACUGUUGAAGAACAUCCGGCAGCUACGUUCACCAGAUUCAGUGAUUGAUAAAUGGGUUAGCAGCAGUACUACACCUAAUAACAGUGGAUAAAAUCCUGAACCAUUCUACAUCUACAUCUAAAUUGAGAGUUAAAAUUUCCUUUUUCUUGUUUAUUUGCACAUCUUGAGGAAAUGUACAUAGCUAAUGGAGGUGUGGAUAUAACAUUUAAUGUCAUUAUCGGGUAGUUCAUUUUCUCCCCCUAUUUCUACAGACAAAACAUUCUACUCUACCCAAAAGAGUUCAACAAAAUAGUGAUUUCAGACUCAGAGGGUGCAUAUUUCAGGAGCAAAGUAAAUUUAUCUCAAAAAA